UUUUGGGGUCUUCGAGAGUUAAAAAGGGUUCACUUGAUGACAGUGGAUCGUCCUAGAGUAGAUAUUGAAUGUGCAGGACACGUUUUGCAAUCAUCAGUUAUCUUAAAUUGCAAGAAAAAUCCAAAUUUCUCUGUUAUGGUCAAGCAUUUUGAUGUGGAAUUACCUGAUCAGGAAAUGUAUUGCCCUCCUCUAACCAUUCGGGUUAUGGACUGUCGCAGUUUUGGUAGAUUCACACUUGUAGGAACUCAUGUUAUUAGUGCUUUGCAGAAAUUCAUGUAUAGACCUAUUGUUAAAAAGGAACAAGACUCUUCGAGGCAAACAUACAACUUUAACAACCGCAAUAUUCUAUCAGUUCCUGUUGAAGAAACGGUCAUACAGAUUGAUGCAGAUACUCACGCAAUUAACAUGAAAGAAAUUAAUUUAACAAUUGAAGGACAAAUGAAAAAGAGUAAAAAGGAACUAAAAAGUGAAGCAAACAGACAAAAGAAGAAGCAACAAGCAGAAGAAGCUUUGUCAGAUGAUGAAAGUAACAAAGAUUGGUGGAGUGGAUAUUUCGCAUCCUACGAAACUAUGAUAAAGGACAGCAAAGACGGUACAGAAAAUCAAAAUAAUACAAACUGCGUAAGCCCACAACCUUCAGUAACCAUGAAUGGGGAAGUGCAAUGCAAUGGAGAGGUUGAUCCUGAUCAACUAAGUGCAAAGGAUACAAAAAAGAUGGAGAAGGAGCUCCAGAGGUUAGAAUAUCAGCAUCUUCCUGAAGCUGAGAGGAAGAGGAGAACCUUUAAAGGAACUUCUACCGCCGUCCGAUUAGCUGCUAGAUUAUCACCAAAAUCACAGAGAAAAGAAGCAAUGAAUGAAUCACAAAUAAAGAUUUAUCCUUGCGAGUUAGAGAGCGUUACGGAUUUUAAUGGCUUUAAAGAAUGGCUCCACUCCUUUGAGUUAUUCCGUGGCAAACGAACGGGAGAUGAACUUGAAGACCAAAACAGAAUCGUUGGAAUAUUUAAGGGCUCUUUGCAAGUAUACAAAUACCCUCUACCGAAAUCUUUACAAGAAGUUCCUGGUGCUGAACUUCAAAAUGGAAUGUUCCAUGGCAUUCCCAGUAAUGAUCCUAUCCACGUCUUAAUCCGAAUUUAUAUAGUUAAGGCAACAGACUUGCAUCCAGCCGAUCUGAAUGGUAAAGCUGAUCCAUAUAUAGUUAUCAAUUUAGGCAAUAAACGCACAAGUGACAAAGAAAAUUACAUUUCCAAGCAGUUAAAUCCAGUUUUUGGAAAAUGUUUCGAAUUUGAAGCAACUUUUCCACAAGAUUCCUUGCUCACAGUUCAGAUAUUUGAUUGGGAUCUUCUUGGAAGUGAUGAUCUCAUCGGAGAAACUAAACUGGAUUUAGAGAAUAGAUUCUAUAGUAAACAUAGGGCAACGUGUGGUAUUGCUCAAAAAUAUGAAACUUCUGGGCCGAGUCAAUGGAGAGAUCCAAUGAAACCUGUACAGAUUCUUGCCAAAUUAUGUAAAGAUAAUAAACUUGAAGGGCCAGUUUUUAUGUACAAUCGAGUCCGAAUUGGUACCAAAGUAUUUAAUUUUCAAUCUGAAUAUGAAGAAGAAGGUACAAAAUUAAAUGAAGAAUAUUUAGCAUUGGCAAUUUUACAUCGUUGGCACGAAAUACCUUAUGUGGGUUGUAAAUUAGUACCGGAACAUGUAGAAACCAGACCUCUCUAUCAUCCAGAUAAACCAGGAAUUGAACAGGGAAAGUUAGAAAUGUGGGUAGAUAUGUUUCCUAUGGAUAUGCCAUUACCGAAAUUACCAACAGAUAUUUCUCCAAGAAAACCUAAAAGGUAAAAAUUAAUAUUUUACAUAAUAUAUAUAUUUCAUAUUUUACAAUUAAUUCAUACAGAAUGGUUAAUGAAUUCUUAUACAUUGUAGUUCUCAGCAGUGGCUGAGUAGAUAAUACCACUAAACACUGGUAGUUUGGUCGUGGGUUUACACUUUACUAACGGGCUGGCUACGUGAAAUUUCAAGGUUUUCUUCACGUAUUUAACACUUCAGUAAGAGCCAGUUUCCGAUUGAAAAUUCUCUCAGCAGGAACAUCUUGAAGAUCGCUAAUGUGUUGGAUUGCCUUAUCUUUAAUGAAAUUCUUUGUACAGAGCGAUUCAGAAAUCACUGUACUG